AUGCACGCAUUCUCCAUCCUGGACAGCGCCAACCUCAGCCUAUGUGGAGGGACCGGCCAAACCUUCAACUGGGACUCGGUCAAAACCCACCUGGCUUCCUCCACAACCACCCACCAUAACCUGGUGAUUGCUGGCGUUGAGAUCUGCAAUAGUCAAGUGGCCAAGAAUAAAGAUUUCAAGAAGAUUUCCCAAGUCAUCGACCUCAUCAAAUCCCAUUCUUGA